AAUGUUCUCUAGAGAAUUAAUACGACUUGUUCCAUUUGCAUCGCUCGUUCUAUUGUACUUGUAUCAAGUAAAGCCGGUACCAGAGCUAAAUGGCUAUCCAGAAGAAAGCUUUAGAUCCGUAUUCUUCAAGCUAUUACCUAUGAUUUAUCUUAUGUUGGCUGUAUGGGCUGAACAUAACAGUAAGAAGGAUAAGAAGUACAGUCGAACGAUUCUUACCGGUUUAUUUUUCUCGGCUUUUGGAGAUGCCUGUCUUGUAUGGAGAGUUAAGCUCUUUAUACCAGGCUUAUUGUUCUUUUCAAUUGCUCAUAUUUUUUAUGCUUUCGCUAUGCGAUUCAAAUACUUAGGAAUUAAGUUCGCCUUGAUUAGCUCCGUUGUGUUUCCCUUGGCAUUUCACUUAGUAAGCAAGAUUGACGAUUUUGUAAUGAAAAUUUUAGUGUUCUAUUACUGUUCCUUAAUUUUCUUAAUCGUUUGGCGAUCAUUUGUAAGAAUGUCUCGUCUUCAUUUCAAUUCAGGAAGAUAUGCUGUAAUUGGAGCUAUAUUUUUUGGCUGCUCUGAUUACUUAAUCGGAUGCGAUAAGUGGAUUAUUAGUAUACCACAAAGCUCUCUAUUAAUUAUGAUUACGUAUUACACAGCUCAAGCGUUCUUAGCUUGUUCUGUAUUUGCCUCGGAUUAA